UUAUUUGUCUAAUCUACAUCGAAAGCAUCGAGUUCUUGAGAAGUGCUUCGAUCGAAGGAAAGCUUUCGUCUUUGUAAUCAACAGUUGGAGUAUGUUUCAGCUUUAGGAGAGUCUCUCUAUGUGUGAGACGAAAAGGGUUAUCUUUGAUUGAUGGAUGGGGUGUGGAAGAAGAAGUAAUGGCAAAAAGCACGUUCAAGCAAGAGCAUGACCUAGAGAAGAGAAGCGCAGAGGCUGCUCGGAUUAGAGAGAAGUAUCCAGAUAGGAUUCCGGUGAUUGUUGAGAAGGCUGAGAAGAGUGAUAUACCAACCAUCGACAAGAAAAAAUACCUAGUCCCAGCGGAUUUGACAGUGGGGCAAUUCGUGUAUGUCAUUCGCAAAAGAAUCAAACUGAGUGCAGAGAAGGCUAUCUUUAUCUUUGUGGACAAUGUUCUUCCUCCAACAGGUGCGUUGAUGUCAGCUGUGUACGAAGAGAAAAAGGAGGAAGAUGGGUUCCUCUAUGUCACUUACAGCGGAGAAAACACAUUUGGAUAUUGAUCUCCAUAGAUCUCUCUCGCUGGAUAUUUCAUUUCUGUAUUUCGCUGUAUACAUCAUCGUCAUCUUAUUAGUUAUUUAAGCAAGCAAGCAAGCAGCCUAUGUACUUGUCUAAGAACGUUCGGUUGGGCGUUGAUGUGUACAGAAAACAUGAAAUAAUAAUGUAUAUAAAACAUGCUCUAAUAAUGUC